CAUCAAUCUGCCGUCGCCGAAAUGGGUCAGAAUCAGUCUCAAGGCGGCAGCGGUGGAGGUGGAUCCGGCGGGGACAAGAAGGAUGAUAAGGACAAGAAGCGCAAACACGAGCCACCAAUUCCGAGCCGUGUGGGCAAGCGUAAGAAGCGCACCAGGGGACCUGAGGCUGCGAGCAAGCUUCCACUCGUGACACCUCACACACGAUGCCGGCUAAAGCUGCUGAAGCAGGAGCGCAUCAAGGACUACCUCCUGAUGGAGGAAGAGUUCCUGCGCAACCAGGAACGCCUCAAGCCGCAGGAGGAGAAGCACGAGGAAGAGCGCUCCAAGGUGGAUGACCUCAGGGGCAGCCCGAUGUCAGUCGGUACCUUGGAGGAGAUUAUCGACGACAGCCAUGCCAUUGUCUCAACAUCCGUGGGCAGCGAGCACUACGUCAGUAUGCUGUCCUUCGUCGACAAAGACCAGCUGGAGCCCGGAUGUUCGGUGCUGCUCAACCAUAAGGUCCACGCGGUGGUCGGCGUGCUGUCAGACGAUGCAGACCCCAUGGUGGCCGUCAUGAAGCUCGAGAAGGCGCCCCAGGAAACUUAUGCCGACAUUGGAGGGCUCGACCAGCAAAUUCAGGAAAUCAAGGAAAGCGUCGAGCUUCCCUUGACACAUCCCGAGUACUACGAAGAGAUGGGCAUCCGACCCCCAAAGGGAGUCAUCCUGUAUGGACCUCCGGGCACGGGCAAGACUCUGCUUGCCAAGGCUGUCGCCAACCAAACCUCGGCCACCUUCCUGCGUGUCGUCGGCUCCGAGCUGAUCCAGAAAUACUUGGGAGAUGGCCCCAAGCUUGUUCGAGAGCUGUUCCGGGUAGCUGAAGAGCAUGCACCAUCCAUUGUGUUCAUCGAUGAGAUCGACGCUGUAGGAACAAAACGGUAUGACUCCAACUCCGGCGGGGAGAGAGAGAUCCAGCGGACCAUGCUGGAGCUGCUGAACCAGUUGGAUGGCUUCGACUCGCGUGGUGACGUCAAGGUGGUCAUGGCGACCAACCGCAUUGAGACCCUCGACCCAGCCCUGAUCCGGCCCGGCCGCAUCGACCGCAAGAUUGAGUUCCCACUGCCAGACGAGCGGACGCGGCGGCGCAUCUUCCAGAUCCACACGGCACGCAUGACGCUCGCUGGCGAUGUCAACUGUGACGACCUGGUUGCCGCUAAGGAUGACCUGUCGGGUGCAGACAUUAAGGCCAUCUGCACCGAAGCCGGACUCAUGGCACUACGCGAGAGGCGCAUGAAGGUGACCAGCGAGGACUUCCGAAAGUCUAAAGAGAACGUCCUGUACCGAAAGAAGGAAGGAAGCCCGGAGGGUCUCUACCUGUGACCUUGUCAGCUUCCCCAGAAUCCUGUGUGGAGGCUAAUAAAAGUGUUUACCUUGCUUACCUUCA